CCACCCACCCCCCGCCUGGAGCGCUUGGAAUUGUGGGUAAGACAUGGCCGCGCGCAGUGUUCAGAUUGUCAACUGUCUACAUGUUGUGAGUUAGAAACCUAAACCACUGAAAAAGUGGACAUUUUUGCAGCUUUUGGGGUAAAUACAUAUUCUGAAGAUGUCGGAAAAUACACCGAAGGAGGGUGGCCCUGGAAAGCCGCUCACGAGGACUGUAAUCGCAGAAAUGUUGCAAAGUAAUUUCGAGAGACUGCCUGACAUUGACCAGAAAAUCUUCCUGUACGGUCCGGUGUACUUCGGGGGGAACGCCAGCCUUGUGGGUCUAAUCGCCAACAGCUUGUUUCGCAGGGCUCUGAAUGUCAGACAGGCCCCGUUCGCCUCCGGCCUGCCCAUGGCCGUGCUGCCCUUCCUGACCACCGUCGCCGUGUACAACGCAGCCGUGUCCGCCCCUCUCAUGUUCGGGGACCUCAACUGUCCCACGUGCGCCCUAAUGCGCGGUGCCCUCGUCGGGGUGGUCGGCGGGGGGCUGUAUCCCAUCCUCCUGGCCCUACCUGUAAAUGUCGGCCUGGCCUCCAGGUACAACACAGCACCGAUGCCAGAGAAGGGCAACGCUGUUCGGUACUGCGUGGACCUGUGCAGGCCGAUCAUGAGGAAGAUGAGGGUGGCUCUGGCCCUGCAGGCUUUCUUCGGAACCUACCUGGGCUCCAGACACUUCCAGACCUACAUGACACUGACCAAGAUAUCGUUUGGGUCUAGAGAGGAGCUCACUGACUGAAAUACAAACACACCCUUGUGCAUUUCUGAUGUGUGUCAGUUAUUGAUUUCAGUUUCACAUGAAAUACACUUGUAGGGUUUUUUUGACAGUAAAUAAAUGUAUCACUGUAAUAAUACGGUUUUGUCAAAUGAUCAUUAAAUCACAUGUAUUGAUAUAAUACCUGGAGCCUCUUGAUAUGGUAUGAGUCCAGAGUUGGAUCAGUCAACAUUGUCAGUCUACUAAAUGAAUCAAUCCCAUUAACAAAGCAAAAUGUCAAACACCCUUGUAUCUUUGUUUGGUAUGACCAUUUUCUAAAAGAAUGCCACUAUGAUGAAAGACUUUUUUCAAAAAACAAAUCAAAAUAAACCAGAAAAAUGUGUAAGA